AUGUCCACACAGUGUGGUAUAUCCAUCUCUGUGUCCCUCCAACCCUUCAUAACAGUGGUCAACCCUUAUAUGUGUCUCUGUGUCCCCACAGACAGUGGUAUAUGUGUCUCUGUGUCCCCACAGACAGUGGUAUAUGUGUCUCUGUGUCCCCACAGACCAGUGACAGUGGUAUAUGUGUCUGUGUCCCCACAGACAGUGGUAUAUGUGUCUCUGUGUCCCCACAGACAGUGGUAUAUGUGUCUCUGUGUCCCCACAGACAGUGGUAUAUGUGUCUCUUUGUCCCUGCAGGCAGUGGUAGUCCAGCAGGACAGCUUCAUUGAGGAUCAGCGCCAGGCUCUCACCAACCGCCCUGAACGCCUCACCUCCUUCUUCUCCUCCCGUCCCUCCUCCCGCCACAACUCCCUGAUCGAGCAGGAGAAACAGCGCAGCCUGGAGAAACACAGGCAGGAGACGGCCGCGCUGCAGCGCCAGCAGGCCACACACGACCAGGAGAAGAGGAGGAGGGAGAGGGAGUGGGAGGUGCGGGAGCAGCAGCUGACAGACAGGGAGGUGCAGCUCCUGGUACAGGAAGAGGAGACGGGGAGGAGGAGCAGGGAGCUAGUUACGGAGAGGGUGGAGCUACAAAGGAAGAAGAAGGACUAUCUGAUAGAUCUAGAGCGACUGAGAGACGCUCAGGGGAAACUAGAUCGAGACAGAGAAAACAUACAGCGAGAAAUGGAGAGGGUAGAACACAUGAGAAUGGCUAAGAUACCCAGCACCUAGAGCCUCCUCUAGAUGGAGAGAUCUACUUCUGUUGAGGAGACCCCUCUUCAUCUCCUCCGAUGUCAAUGCAACGUCCCUCUCACCAGCUGAAUGGAAGGCCAAGUUGCCAAAGUGCCCCCAUCGUCAAACCCUCUAAGUCCUCACAAACACUCCCAACUGACACACAAUAGGAAGUGGAAGGUCUCUCAUCAUGUCAUAAGCUCCAGCUGCAAUGUUCUGUCUCAGUGCUCACUACAGAUUGGCUCCUGACUGUCACCUGCUAAAAAAAUAUAACAAUAAGGACACUGCAGGUUAAAGAUUGUCUAUAACAAUAAGAAACUGCUUCUAUGUUAGAUACUGUAGGUUAAAGACUGUCUAUAACAAUAAGAAACUGUUUCUAUGUUAGAUACUGUAGGUUAAAGAUUGUCUAUAACAAUAAGGACACUGUUUCUAUGUUAGAUACUGUGCUCCUGAUGUGCUUGACAUGUUGCAAUAAUCUCAAUACAUUUUACAUGUGAUGCUAUUGAUCACAUGAAUCAUCUUUUCUGGUGCAUGUCCAAGAUCGAUAAUCAAUAUGUUGUUUAUACAGAUCAGUCUACACAAUAUUGAUACUAUAUAGUCCCAUAAGAACUGGAGAAAACUCAAAGACUGAUGUCAGUUGAUCGUUGUUGUGGUUCAAUGUUUAAGAGCCACUUGUUACUAAUACCUGAAGAACCAGAGAACACAUAUGGAAUCAUGUUGUAACCAAAAAUACGUUAAACAAAUCAAAAUAUAUUUUAUAUUUCAGAU